CCCAAAGUUUCAUACCCCAAUAGUGAGAAAACUCGCAAACAAACUCUGAGAAACUUCUCCGUUUAUUCAGUUUAUUCUUAGUUUUCUUCGUAUCAACUUUGGAAUUCGCUUUAUUUACACAAAAAAAAUAUAAAUAAUAAUUUGCCUUUGAAAGCGAUAAAAUAACGAACAUAGAACAACAAUUUGGAAUAGAUAUAGAACAAGUUGUUGAAAAGUUGAUUUGUUCUCAUUAAAAAAAAUAAAAAAAAACUAAAUAGAAUAAUUUAGAUGACGAUUUGGUUGUUAACAACGAAAGCAUAAAAGCUAAAAACGAAAUGAUUUCUUCAAACAUUGUACGUGAUGAGGAAGGCUUAAUUGUACCGAGAAAGCUUAUCAAUCCAUGUCUGGAAUCUUCUGAUCGUCAAAACCUCCAUCGAGAACUCUUGUUUAAUCAAAAGAUUGGCAAGAAUGUUCUUAAUCAGAAGACAGAACUGCAACGGGCCUUGGAAAAGCAAAAAGAACGCCAAGUAAUUGCUGCUCAAAAUGAAAUGAAUAAAGACUGUCACACAACGUCGUUACAUGGUGAACUUGGAAAAGUCAUAAUGGAACGAGCUCAAAAGAAUAGACCUAAGGACGAGCAAAACACGUGUAACAACACCGAGUUUAAUGAAGAAUAUCUCAAAGCCCGCGCUAAAUUACGUGGCUGUAACAAAUACACUUGAUAUAAUUAAACAUUAAGAUAACUUCUUUUCAUCGACGAUAUUUAUGAAAAGAAAUCAGAAAACAAUUUGCAAUAAUUAUAAUUUUAAACGAACAACACAAAAUUAUGAAAAAAAAUCUCAAGUUGAAAGAAUGUUUUCAAAUUUGUUUUUAGAUAUUUUAGAAAAUUAGUGAUUUAACUGUGAAGAAUGGAAAGAAAACAAGAAAAUUGAUGUUUAAUCAUUUGAUUUUGUGUUAGGAUAGAUGAUUGUCGUUAUUGAGGAAAAUUUUUGCAAGCUAAAAGCUCACAAAGUAAAUGAAACUACAAACAAGAAAGAUGUCAACGAAUUUAAGCUCACAACAGAUCGAUUAACGAGAAACAUAUAAAGCAAAGAUUAUCUACUUUCAAAUUAUAUUUUAACGUAGUAUUUUCAAAGGAGUUAAGCUCAAGAUUGACGAUAAUAUGAACGAAUAUUCUUGUUGGAUAUUUAAGAUAUUUAAUCCCUCAUAGUAAUUCGCAUAAUCCGAUCUAAUCUCGACUCCAGAUUUGUAGAUAAGAUGAAAGAAGUGAACAUAAUGAUGAUGAUAUAUUUUUAUAAUCCUCAAUUUUAAAGAUGAAAACAAAACAUAUUUGAGACAAUGAUAUCGAGUUCAGUGCAUGCAUUUCUUGCUUUUUAAAACCUAUAGUAGAAAUUUUUAAUUUAUCUUGGUCAAUCGUUUAAAAACAUUGUGAUUUCAAUAAACUAAUAAUUCCAUGAAAAAUGAAAAACAA